CUACCACCUACCACCACCACCACCACCACUCUCCAGUAAUUAGCGCCAUGAAGCCACUUGCCCUCGACGUCUCCGCAACCCAUGUUAUCGCAACCCUCUUCUACAAAUCUGACUCCCCGUUGCACGCCCACCCGCAUGCCGAUGCGUCGCCUCACAGCCCGCGAGACACCCUCCCUGAGGCCUCGCUCAGUUCUUUGCGGGAUUCCGUGCCCACCGAGAAUAUGUGCGACUACCCCCUCGAGCCGCCCACUCCAGGCCCCAACCCGCUUGACCACCUCUAUGGCUCCUACCUCUCGCAGAGCUGCCUUACCGACUUCUUCGUCACGAUGACCAACAUAAUACCAGGCCUCAUGGAAGACACCAUCACGUCGAGGAGGCUGGAAGCGUCCAAAUUCUGCAGAGUUGUCGAAGUCACGUUUCCGCUUCCUAAUCCCGCGCCCGUGACGCUGGAGACACUGCGAAGGGACGAGGUCGUGAGCCGGUUUGAGCGGGAGUGGAACGUCGAGGUCGUCUUCCAGCUCGACACUGUAUAUCGGCGGUACAAGCGCCUGGCAGUCUUCGACAUGGAUUCUACCCUCAUCCAGCAGGAGGUCAUUGAUGAGAUUGCCAGCCUCAUUGGUGUCAAGGCCCAGGUUGCUGAGAUUACAGCAGCUGCAAUGAACGGAGAGCUGGAUUUUGAAGCUAGUCUGCGUAAAAGGUGCGCCCUGCUCCGGGGCGUCCCAAGCACUGUGUGGGAGACCCUCAAGCCCAGGAUCACGUUAAACGAGGGUGUCCUAGCACUGAUCAAGGCGCUGAAGAGGCUGGGCUUCAGGACGGCUGUGCUAAGCGGGGGCUUCACGCCGCUGACGGGAUGGAUGGGGAAGGAGUUGGGGUUGGACUACGCUUUCGCCAACCAUCUCACCGUCAGCGAGGACGGGCAGACGCUGACUGGCGAGUUGACCGGCGAAAUUGUGCACGCCGAAAGGAAGAGGCAGCAUGUCCUAGAGAUUGCUGCAAAGGAGGACAUACCCUUGGCCCAAGUCCUUGUCGUUGGUGACGGAGCCAACGAUCUUCCGAUGAUGGGUGUGGCUGGCUUGGGGGUCGCCUUUCAUGCGAAGCCCAAGGUGCAGAUGCAAGCACCCGCAAGAUUGAACUCGAAAAGUAUGCUAGAUAUUCUAUACCUACUCGGUAUAACAAAAGAAGAACAAGAGGUGUUGUUGGGGUAGCAUACAAAAUCCCGUUGCUCGACGAGUGCUACUCCUGUAACUCGAUCGCCUCUCCGAGAAAGCUCUCCGUCACUUGAUCCUCCAAACCGCUCUCAAAUGCAAGCAUUGUGUUCUUUCCAUACGAAUACAAACAAACUCCUAAAUCUGACCUAACCACAACGCCAUGCUUCAAGUCCGAGCAAACCUAUAUCGAACCAGAUUCUCGUCCGAGAAUCUAGAAUUACUAGUGCAACCCCAACGAUAGCCAAAGUAUACAUGAGACAAUUCCAGAAGGGGCGAACUCGCUCCAAAUUACCCUCCUACAAGUGCUAAAGUGCCGGCAC